AAAUCGUUUGAAGAAGUGAAGCAACUAGCUAGUUUGGUCCUUAAACCCCAAAAACCUUGUUCAGCAAACACUUAGCAAUACAAAUGUCUCUCUCUCUGUCUUCCUCUCAGCUCUUCCUUUACACACCUCUCUUCUCUCUGCAGAGCUCCUCCCAGAAGCGAAGAGUAUGUGGGUUUUGGAAAAAGCCACAGGCUUUGAGGAGUCUUGUGGUGAGAGCAGGCCCAAAGAAGAUAUCUUUUGGUAAAGAAUGCAGAGAGGGAUUGCAAAUUGGGAUAGAUAAGCUUGCUGAUGCUGUUUCUCUUACAUUAGGACCUAGAGGACGUAAUGUUGUUCUUUCUGAGUCUGAAAAAGUGAGAGUGAUUAAUGAUGGUGUAACAAUUGUUCAGUCCAUAGAGCUAGCAGAUACAAUUGAGAACGCGGGAGCAAUGCUAAUCCAAGAGGUUGCAAGUAAAAUGAAUAAUUUGGCCGGUGAUGGUACUACCACUGCGAUCAUUUUGACACGAGAAAUGAUCAAAGGUGGAUUAUUGGCAGUGGCUUUUGGGGCUAACCCAAUUUCUUUGAAGAAAGGAAUGGAGAAGACUGUUAGUGAAUUGGUCAAGGUGUUAAAGGAGAAAAGUCUUCCCGUAAAAGGAAGGAAUGAUAUUAAAGCUGUGGCUUCAAUUUCUGCCGGAAAUGAUGAAUUCAUAGGAAACUUGAUUGCGGAAGCUAUAGAAAAGAUUGGUCCUGAUGGAGUAAUCUCAAUUGAGUCGUCCUCAUCAUUUGAAACAUCUGUUUUAGUUGAAGAAGGACUAAAGUUUGAAAAGGGUUACAUGUCCUCCCACUUCAUUACUAAUCAAGAAAGAUCUAUUGUGGAGUUUGACAAGGCUAAGGUCCUGGUAACUGAUCAAAAGAUUUCAACUGUUAAAGAAAUUGUUCCUUUGCUGGAAAAGAUAACCCAAUUGAGUAUCCCGCUGCUAAUCAUUGCAGAGGAUAUCUCAAGGCCAGUACUGGAGACACUAGUGGUGAAUAAAAUGCAGGGUUUACUUAAUGUUGCUGUUGUUAAGUGCCCUGGAUUUGGAGAGCGGAAGAAAGCUCUUUUGCAAGAUAUUGCACUUAUGACAGGUGCUGAUUUUCUCUCUGGAGAUUUUGGUUUUACCCUUGACAGUGCAACAUCAGAUCAACUUGGAAUUGCAAGAAAGGUGACAAUAACAAGUAAUUCAACAACCAUAGUUGCUGACCCUUCUACCAAAGCAGAGAUUCAGGCAAGAAUAUUGCAGAUCAAGAAGGAUCUAGCAGAAACUGAAAAUGCAAACCUGUCGAGAAAGCUCUCCGAAAGAAUUGCUAAACUCUGUGGUGGAGUUGCCGUAAUUAAGGUAGGAGCACAUACUGAGGUGGAACUUGAAGAUCGCAAACUCAGAAUUGAGGAUGCAAAGAAUGCCACAUUUGCUGCUAUGGAGGAAGGGGUAGUGCCUGGUGGUGGUGCCACUUAUGUCCAUCUGUCAGAAUUGAUUCCUGUCAUAAAGAAUUCUAUGGAAGAUUCUGAUGAGCAGAUUGGUGCCGACAUUAUAGCGAAGGCUCUCCUUGCUCCUGCAAAAUCAAUUGCAACUAAUGCUGGGGAUGAGGGAGAAGUUGUUGUGGAGAAGACAAAAAAUUGUGAUUGGAGAAUCGGGUACAAUGCCAUGACUGGCAAGUAUGAAGAUCUUCCAGAUGCAGGAGUUCUAGAUCCUUGUCGGGUUUCAAGAUGUGCCCUUCAAAUUGCAGUCUCCAUUGCUGGGGUGGUUCUUACAACUCAAGCCGUAUUGGUGGAGAAAACAAAGACGAAAAAGCCAGCUAUUCCUUCUGUUCCGGGAAUAAGUCCUUAGUGAAUGAAGGCAAGAGAACUAGUUGAAAGCUGAGAAAUUUUGGCUACCUGGAAAUCUUGUAUCCCAUGCUUUGCAAGUAAGCAUGGGAGUUCAAGUACAACUUGAUCUGGACUUCAUUUGAAGAUGAAACAGAAGAAGCUGUGGAAGAGAGCAAAACAGGUUCUGUUUGGAUCCUUCAGUUAUGAAAGCAUGAAAUUUUCAAUGCAGUGAAGAGUUAUCGACUGUGGCGCAGACCAAUUAGUAGCUAACUGUAUACCUAGUUCUUAACCAAGGAUUUUGAUUCUUUUCUUAUCGAGUUUAAAUGGUAAGCAAGAAACAGUUGUUGAUAUGAGUUUAUCACAGCAAAUCUGGUCUAUUGAAAUUCA